GCAAGCGGCGAAGAUAUGUUUCGCUAAAAGCAAAUGAAGUUAUAUUAAACCGCUAACCUAAUUCCAGUUAUUAUAACAUGACAUGUAAUAAUUUAUAUUAAUUUAACAUUGGGUCAAAUCUUUAGGUCUGCCAUGGCUUUGCGGACCUUUUCAUUCGUUCGUCCUGAAACAAGGUUCUUCAGAGCUGGUAGUUGUAUCUACAUGUUUAAAAUCAGAGGAGGCAGCAGCUUCAGUGAGAAAGAGACAAUGCGAGGAAUCUGCAUCAGUCAGGAACUGGAGGACAUUGUUAGAACUGUUCUUGGCAAUCUGGACAGACUCCAACCCUUCUCUAGUGUCCACUUUAACAUCUUUCCCAAUAAGAUUCAGUGGAAGCAGUCUGUGAUGUGCAACCACUGCAGGCAGAAGCUCAGAGUUUACCCUUAUGUUCUUAUCCUUCGACUGGAAAUAAACAUACACACUGCUGUGAAGAAACAGAGUUCUAAGAAUGUGAAUAAGCAGCACUACAUUAUGUGUGAGCCAAUGGCAAAGCGCUGUAGAAGAAACUCGCCACUAGAGGAGGCCAUACUCAAGGACAUGAUUCAGGACAUGGUGGCUGACAGCAACAUGUCCCUGGGAAGUCACGGUCCAACGACCAGAAGGUGCACGGCCAUGAACAAUCCUGACUCGGAGGCAAAGAUGACAGAAGACACAGGACGUAUUGAUGAGCAGAGGAGCGAAUGCUGUGAAGUACCUCAGAUGAAAUCCGCUGAUGACAUCAUCAGAGAGGGCCAGAGUUCAGACAGUCUAGAGCUGGAGCCUGAGACCAACCGAGCCGUGCAGCGGCCGGGGAUUCUCACCUGGCUGGCCAGCCGGAUCUUCCCUUUCUCCAUGUUUUUCAAGGAACGUUGAAAAAAGUCGCUAAGGCUUGAGAGAGGAUACAGUUGACCACGAGUUUUGUUUCUGUCUUUCUUAUUGACGUGUUGGUCAGUAUCAUUUCUGUAUUUAUCAAAAUGAACUGUUCCUAAGUGUCCCCACCUGUUCUAAAGUAAAUGAUUGUUCCAAAAUUAACCUCCUCUGCACCUCAUUCCUGUUCUUGCCUUUCACCUAUUAAAAUACCGUACUGCAUGUUUUUACCAGAAUUGAUUCAUAUAGAUGGACAAAAAGUCAGAGUUUUGUGUACGUCUGUGAAGAUUCUCAUUCAUCCAGGUCAUGUUAUCCAAAGACUUUAGUUGUUAGCAACUGGAUUUAUUUUUGGAGCUUGAAAGACAAGAAACUGAUGAAGUUCCAAGAAGAAGUCCAGUUGCUAACAACUAAACUCUUUGGAUAGAGUUUUGUGGAAUUAAAGUCAUGGGUAUAAAUGACCAGUUAAUAAACAAAAACAUCUAUGCACAAAUGUUUCAUCAAAUUGCGUUACAAACAAACGAACUCCACCAAGUUACUGUUGUUAAAGGCAGUUUCACGUCACAAAGGAUAGUCACCCUGUCAAGACCAGAGGACUCUCAGAAACAGAUUCAAGAUUUGCUGUUCUAGCUCAGUUGAAGGGUCACAACCAGGCAACAGAGAGGACCACAGAAUCAAUGACGGACGGUAAACGCUGUGUUCAUUUUCUAUUAAUAUCACAAGAUGUCCUGCAGUGCCUCUGACUCACAAAUGGCCUGAACCAGUGUGACCGAGGAUGUUCCAAACACUGUGGUCUUCAAGACGACACCACUGUUGGCAAAAACACACAACAACAGGUUUGUAAAAGCAGCAGCACAUGCUCUGGGUUAAAGCACAACAGGGUUGUGUUGUGUGAAUUAAUUUGUUGCAA